CGGGCGGGUUCAUCGAUUUUGCAAGCUCUUUCACAUCCGGUACGACGUCGGCGCUCGUCGCAGAGUGCGAGGAAAGGCAGAAGAUUUUUUCCGUUUACCCCGUGAAGAAGUUCCAGCCACUCGAGCGAGCCGCUUUUCUUUCCCGUGCGAAGCAGCCGCGUGAAAAGCAUCCCCGCGCGUGACGGCCCUGCCGGGGUUUUUCCGACGCGUUGAUUCGAGCACCACACAGCGCGCGCCCCCGUGAAAAGAGAAGUGAAGGAGGGUGCCCCCCGCCCCAAAACCGGUGUGUGUGUGUCGUCCCCGCCCCGUGUCGUACGGUACGGUCCGGUGUGUCCCCCCUGUCGGGUUCGCGCUAGAGGCAUAGUGUGCGUAGUUUCGUUUCGGGUGCCCUCUGCGCGUGUAUGUGUGUGUGUCAGGUGGUGGAGAGGGGCGCAUGUAGGAAGGAAAAAACGGAAAAAGGGAAGCCGACUUCAACAUUUUUCCUGAAAACGGAGCAGCAGCCGGGGAACGACACCGAGUGUUUAUCGUGUGUUAAAUACCCUUCUAGGGUGUGAUAUUUCCCAACCGCAGUAAAUCCGUGUGCAGUCGAAAAAAAAACGCCCCAUUGUGGUGAGCAGAUCAAUCCCCCCCUCGUUUCUCGUACAUAUGGUCGAGAUUUUUCCAAAGCCCAGCCCGAAACCAAAAUCGUAGCAGGCGUAGCAGCAGCAUCUCUCUCGCCCUGUGCAGCCAGACACGAGGUAUGCGGUGCUAAUUUACCCACCCCACCACACCACAACACCCUUAGAAGCUCGACAAAAGGGCCCCAAUCCGAGAGAGGUCCAGGACGGAACAGUUUAGCCUUACAUCGUUACACAUUUCUGUUACUGUUGGUGCAUAUUGUUUGUUGUGUUGUUUUUGUUUUUUCGGGUAAAAUUGCUACAAGAAAAAAGGGAAAAAGUGGUGGUGUGACGUGAGUUGGUGAAGGGGUGUGUGUGUGUGAAAUAGUGUGUGUGUGCGUGCGUGUGUUUGCACGACCCAAUAAUUCUUCACCGCCGCCUCCGCAAUUGGGCGUUCAGGAGUAGCCCAAUGUGAUUGGUGUGUAUGUGUGCCGUCUGAGAGAGUGUGUGUAUUUGCGUGCGUGUGUGCACAAGGAAGUGGAAACGUCCAGGAAAAGCUCCAAUUUCGAAACACUCUUCGCGACACUCGCGGAAACAUCGUCCGAGUCGAACGGCGGGACGAAUCACCGUCUAGAUACAGUUCCCACCCCGUCACUAUCACAUCCGCGGGGCUGGUGUCAGGAAGGGCCGCCGUGGUGAUAGAGUGUGCUAGACAGCGACGACGUCAAUAGCGAAAACAAAGUAAUCAGAAGCCUCGAACGAUCCGUGCAAGAAAACACGGCGGAGUCUGUGCGUGUUACUGCUGUGUACUGUGCCUGUGUGUGUGUGUACGCACAUUUUGUUUUAUCGCUUCCGUAGUUGUUGGCAGGACACACGGACCCUUGCCGUCGAAACGUCAAAAGACGUCAACGUCGCGGAGUGACAGCCCGCGCGCGCGCUUCCAAUAAGGCAGCAAGAAAAAGAAACGCACGCAUACCCUCUUGGCGAGCCGUUGCUGUGUUGGUGGAUGCUUCGUCCGGUGACGAAUGUCUUCGUCAUCGUUUCCAGCCACUACGUACAGCAGCAGUCGUCAGUAGUAUCCCGGAACACCGUCAGCAGCAGCAGGCAAUCCGCCACGAACGUCGUGCGGACGGCGGAUGUACUGUUUCCUUCGUCUCCAUGCGAUGGAGCAGCAGCAGCAGCAGUUGCUUAAAACGUCAAGCGAAAAAGUAGUUGAUGUAAGCAAAUUAGAGCACUAGCUUCCGUCCCGUUUUUCUUCCUCUAGUGAAAAAGCAUCGGAGCGCGCUUCUCUCGUUUGAUAAUAGUGUGAGAGAAGAAUAUCCCACUCUCUCUCUUUCUCUCUCUCUUCCUCCUUCUUUAUAUAUCUCACUCUGCAUGUGUAAAUUUUGUAUCUGUGCAUCCACACGCGAAUUUAGUAACGAAGAGAUGAUGGAACAUUUGGGAGGUUGCUCUUGUAGCAGAACUACUACGACGGUCAAAUCGUGUAGAUUGCUGUGUCUUGCUAGAAAGUGAUUGUGUACGUGUGUGUGUGUCCUUAUCUGUUUAUCAAAAAUAUAUUUUUUAAAGUAUCCGCAAACUGGAAAGGAACCUUCCUCUACCUCACCGGAAGCGGAAACGACGCUCUACUAGUGUGUGUGUGUGUGUGUGGCGUGUGCGUUGUGUGCUACGUUGCGUUGCAAGGAAAGGGCAUUAGAGGGUGGGUUUCGAGGAGGCACCGCUAGUUUGGUCCGCGGCUCCACGGACAACCGCGGUGACAUCUGCGGACGGGUGAAGGAGGUACAAGGAGGACUGGGAAAAUGAGCUACCGCCUCCAUACCUCCAUCGCCGCCGCUGCCACCGACGAGCAACGCCGAGAACGUCGCGCUGAUUGCUGCCCCAGGUGCCGGGAAGCCGGGUGCGGGCAAUCAGCCGCCGCCGCCGCCACCUCACCGCAGCAGCAGCCGCCGUCGCCGCCCCACCACCCCCGGGACGGAUGAUGAAGCGUACCGAGGACGAGACGGUACGCGGCCCCGGUAGCACCUACCAGUUUCUAGAUCUCACCGAUGCCGGCCAGACUGAUGCCGCCGCACUGAUGGGCAUACUGUAUCCUCCAUCUUCCGGAUCGGCCAAUACCGCACCGCCACCACCACCACAACACCCACCGCCUGGUGCGAUGGGGUCCUCAAGGAAGGAGGAGUUGGAGCAUCAGUCGCCACCUCGAAGAGACUCGUUCUCUGUCCGGAUGUUUGCUCCGAGAUUGGCGACGCCGCUGCCACAUCAGAACGGGCUGAAUCCGAACGCACGUGCGUUCGAUCCAGUGCCGGUCGUUAUUUUGCCCAGAUCGACGGCAAUGAUGGGUAUUGGUGGCGGAGGUGUUGGCAGUUCUUCAAAGUCACGCUCACCUGGGAAAGAGUUUGCCGAACAGCUGGAGGCAGCAGCGUCGCCCCUCGUCAUUGCAAGUGACUCGGCGGGAGGAGGAGCUGUAGUGGUACCGCCGCACGGUGGUGGAAUGGUGCUCGUACCGGUCCGGAAACACUCCCUAGUUCCUAUUGCGAGUCGUCCGCUUGCGCUGCCGGAUCAACCCCAGCAUCCGCAACAUCCGCAGCAGCAGCAGCAGCCGGUGCCGCCUUCGGUAUUGUUGCCCACCGCCGGUAAUGUUGGAUUUAUGGCCCGACCUUCGCUGCUGCUGGGGGGAGGAGGAGGCCCGCCGCCGCUUCGCCCUGUGCCGCCACCGAUCGUCUCGGCCACAGCAACAUCCUCAGCACCACCGCUGCCGACUUUCGUGAACGAAGGCAACAGUAGCGCGGUCGUCGUCGACACGGAGCAGGUGCCCGCCAGCGGAGAACAGUGGAUCGGUUUUGCGAUCCAGCCGACGGCCACGAGCGUCGCCGCAGCCGGUGGUGCCGGAGGAGAAGUUGGUGGUGGAGAAGUCAUCGCACGGACUGCCGUAGCAACUGCAGUGACUAUGCCUCCGCACACCAACAACCCGCAUCACCUUCAGCAGCAGCAGCAGCAGCAGCAACAACAGCAGCAGCAGCAGCUAGGUUCGGCAGCUAACAACAAUCAACAGCAGCAGCAGACAGGAGGGCAGCAGCACCAGCAGCCCGGCCCGCCCCAGUCCCAGCCACACAAUGUUGGUGGCAGAGGCGGAGGAGGCGGAGCAGGAGGUAGUGCGGGCAGUGUCACUGCCGGCGCGGACGGCGUGGGGCGCAACGCCGACCGGGACAACGGCAAUCAGCAGAUGCAGCAGCAGGCCGUGUCCGUGGCGAACCAGCACCAGCAGCAGAUGAUGCAGCAGGUCUACGCACAAAUUCCGGCCUCGGCCUACAUGCAGCCGACCCCGCACGGCAUGUACCCGGUGCAGGUGCUGCCACCGACGGCCGGACCCGUCCCGAACAACGUGUUCGUCAGCAACCUGACCGCGAACGUGAGCGUGCACGGGUACCCGGCGAUCUCGCCGUACCUCGCGACGGCCACGCCGCCCGGUGCGUACAUGCCGGCGGACGUGGGGGCCGGGCCCGAGAUGCAGCUGAUGCCGCCGGCACCGGUAACGAUGUCGGGGCGCGGUACGAUGCGCCGGGGCGGACGGAACAAUCGCGGCGGCAACAAUUCACGCUCGCGGGGAGGCUACGUGCCGCAUUACGUGCAGCAGCAUCAGCAACAGUCGUACCACCAUCAGCAGCAGCAGCAGCAUCAGCAAAGCUAUCACCAAGCGUUACAGCAUCAGCAGCAGCAGCAGCAGCAGGGUGUGAUGCAGCCGCUGUCGCACCAUCAAGCAGGGCAACAGGCGGCACUGCAGCAUCAGGUUCAGCAGCAGCAGCAGCAACAGCAGCAACAGCAGCAGCAGCAACAAGCCCAACAGGGUCAGGGAGGUGGUGGGGCCGGUCAGCAACAAACUCCACCCACCGCGGGUAGUGGCGGAGGACAGCAAGGGCAGCAGCAGCAGCAGCAACAUCCACCACCGCAGCAUACGCCCGAGCUGAUGCACAUUGAGGCGCCGCCCAUGAUGGGUGGCGCUGGCGCACAGUACGGCAACCUGCACGGUGGGUUCUACGUGAUUCCAUCGAUGGCACAGCACGCCUCCGGUGCGCCGCUGUUCAUGCCCGCCCCGCACAUGCCGAUGUACUACAAUCCGGCGAUCCACGCCUACCAGAACCUGAUAUACCCGCCGUACAUCCCGUCCGAGUAUCAGAUGUACGACGACGGCAAGGGCGACGACGGUGGCGGACCGCACGGUGGCCAGGGCGGGGGCCAUGACGAUCCGGGUGUGCAUCCCGGGGCCGCCAUGUGGCCGCAGCCGCCACCGAUCGCGCUCGACUACCAUCCCGAGACGGUCGAGUAUCUGCCCGUGCACGAGGACGAUGGUGCGGCGGGCGGCAUGCUACCGCCGGGGCCGCCACCGCAAGCGAUUCCGCCUCCCGCGAUGGGCCACCACGUGCUCGAUCCCAACGUGCCCGGCUUUACGAUGCAGAUGGCAGCGGCCCCGAUCGCCACGAUGCAACCGCCGCCGGAGGAAUACAUCAUGCAGCAGCAACCGCCACCGGCGCCGCAGCAGCAGCAGCAGCAGCAGCCACAUGCUGGGGCGGCGGGAUCGCAGACCCAGGGCGAGGAUUACAACGGCAACGGUGGCAUCCCGGUGAGCUCCAACUCAAACACAACGAUGCACUCGCCGGUCGUGGCCACCGGGCAGCACAAUGUUGUCGUGCCGGGUGUUCCACCGCCGGAGGAUAUGAUGGGCGCGGGCGGCUACGUGCAUGGCGGCGCUGCCCCGCAACAGCCGAUGGUGCCAGCACCGGCUGAACCGCAGCAACAGCACGGACAGACGAUGGACGGUGCUGGAGCACAGCCGCCGAUGAACAACAAUUUCAUCGUCGAGCCACAGUACAUUCAAGCCCAUCCUCUGCCACCGCAUCACAUGCCAGUGCAGCAGCAGCAGCAGCAGGUGCCACCGGAACAGCACUAUCAGCAUAUACCGCCCCCUCAAAGGGCCGCUGUGAAUGUGACAGAGCCUCCACCAUCAACCAACAAUCAACCUUUCCAAAUGGCCCAACAAACACCGGUAGCAGCAGCUGGUGUAGUUGCAAACAAUCUGCUCGACGCCAACGGCAACGACACGAACAACAACAACAGCGCUAAUCGGAAGUCCGACAUCAUUACCUCACCGAAGCUGGUCGAUGCGGUCGUCAUGACGCAUCCAUCGCCACUGCCGUCCACUGUAAAUGUUGCUACCGCAACACCUUCCCACCACCAGCAGAACGAGCAGACGGCGGCGGCGGUGGUGCAGGGCGGGAUGAUGGAUGGCAACGCUGGCAGAAAACAAUCGAACUCAUCCGAUGUGCCAAAUCAAGGAUUCCUACCGCCGCAACAGCAGCAGCAUCAGCAACAGCCACCAAUGCUGGGAUACGCUGCAGCCGUUGCAUCGCAGGCACCACCGCCCAGAGGUCGUGCGGAACAGCAGCAGCAGCAGCCCGACUCGGUGAAGGCCACCCAGGACCGGAUGGAGAAGCUGACGCUGAAGGAGCAGGAGCACAGGCGCACAACGACGACUGUAGCAGCGGCGGCGGCGGCGGGCACGGUGGUUGGUGGUGGAGCCUCCCAGCGCACGAGUGGCGCUCAACCGGUGGCAGGACAAUCGAAUGCGGGAAGCGGUUGGGUGAACAAUAGUGGCGGGGCUGGACCGAAGAAGGGUACCGCUUCCGUUUCCGUAUCGGCUAUACCGAACAAGGAGUUCCCCGGAUCGGUGAUCGGUCACCAGCACAAGAACACAUCACCGGUGCCGUUCAGCACGCUAGUUGGAACUACGGCGACGGCACCGCCAUCAACGGUGAUGGGUUCGGCUUCCGGAAAGCAGCCACAUGCAGUAGCAGCACCAGCAGCAGGCCCGAAAUCGUUCCCCGAUCAUGGCCAGCGCUCAUCGGGCGUGGCUAACAGUGGCCAGUCCACGUAUGCUAGCGGAGCAAACAGCAGCAUGAGUGGCGGACCGACAGCAGUCGUGACGCCCCAGAUGGAAUCGAAGAAGGUGGAAGCAAUUCCCCAGCGGACAGUUGCCACGACUGCAGCAGCAGCAGCAGCAGCAGUGACCGGUCCAGCACCGACGGCGCCGGUCGGAGGAGCGGUGGUGGACACGCCGAAGCAACACCACCAAGAUGUGGUAAAUGUACCCAGGCCCGCCGCUUCCUCCAUCUCCUCCUCUACUAACAUUAAUACGGUAAAGUCCGCGACCAAAGCGCCGGUUAUCAUUAACCACCCACUUAACAUACCGCCACCCGAUCAUCCAUUAAACAUUCCACCACCCAUCAUUGUGCCCCCGCCACAGAUACCACCCGGUGGAGCGCCACCGCAACCGAACAAAACCUGGGCGAGCCUGUUCCAAACGUCCUCCUCCUCGUCAUCGUCGUCGUCGUCGUCUGCAGCGGUGGCGUCGUCCGCGUCUUCGUCCGCCGCAUUAUCGGUUUCAGCGUCGGCAGUCACAGCGACGUCCGCAACGGCAGUCAGCUCUGUACCACCUUCCGCCGCACUCUCCACGGCUAGCGCCAGCGGACCGGCAGCUGGCCAAAGUGGUGUUGCAUCGAUCGGUACUACCGUCGCUACUGCACCGCACCAUCAUGCUACUGCACCAGUCACGUCAACGGGGAUAAAUUUUGCGCCACCCACUGCUAACCGCGGACCGGCAAUGGCUGCUAGUACUGCACCACCGACCGCCGCUGUAGGAAACACUCCGUCCAGCAUCGACUCCUCCUCAUCGUCCACCGGUGCAAAAAAACCGGUCGCAAAGGUGCAGCCGUACGAUAGAAACCAUCAGACGCCCGCGACGCCAGCUGUGCCCAUGUCAUAUUCAUCUGCUGCGGCAUCCACUCCUGCCAGCGGCACUACGGGCGGCUCCACACCAACGUCGGCAAACGCUGCCAGGGGUAAGGGAGCACAGCAGGCUGCUGCCACGAAGGGGGCAGCGAACGCAACAGCUGCAUCCGCUUCGACCGCCGGCGACCAGAAGGAUGAAUUUUCAUUGAAAUUCGGAGAUUUCCUUAGCGGAUAUAGCAUUGAUAACACCAACAUCAGCAUGAUGCCACGCGGUCUGAUCAAUCGGUCUAACUAUUGUUACAUCAAUACCAUACUGCAGGCGCUGAUAGCAUGCCCACCGUUUUACCAUCUGAUGCGCACAAUUCGCACCCUUCCGGCGGCGAAAAAUUCUAAACAUCCGAAACCGUUCAUCGAUGCCAUGUGCGCACUGGCGAACGAGUUCUCGCAGCUUCCGAUACGGUCAAAACCGCAGCAGCAGCAGCAGCGCGGUGGUGGCGAUAAGGGUAAGAAGGACGACAUACCGGAAAUACAGGUCGACACGCCGUUCGAACCGACCGUCAUCUACAAGAUGCUGAAUGGCAUCCGGUCGGACAUAUUCCAGAUCGAGGGACGGCAGGAAGACGCCGAAGAGUUUCUUGGAUGCGUGUUGAAUCGUCUAAACGAUGAGAUGAUUGAGUUCAUAAAAUUCAACAAAACUGAUCAAGGCAACUUGAAUGGCGAGGAACCGACUAACGGUGAAGUCCAUGGUGAGGAGGACGCAGACGAUUGGAUGGUUAUCUGCAAGGGCAACAAGGGCACGGUAACGCGUACGACCGAUUUCGGACGUUCACCGAUCAGCGACAUCUUCCGAGGCAAACUACGAUCUCGUGUGCAACGUGACGGUGUUCCUCCGACCUACAACAUACAGCCGUUCUUCACGCUUCCCCUUGAUAUAGAGAAAGCGGCUUCUGUGAAAGAGGCACUAGAACAGUUGGUUGGUCGGGACGAACUGGAGGGUGUGACCUGUUCGAAAACGAAGCAGGAGGUAGCGGCCUGGCAGCAAGUAACGCUGGAGGAACUGCCUGUCGUACUUAUACUGCAUCUGAAGUGCUUCGACUAUAAAAUGGAUGGCUGUACGAAGAUUCUGAAAACCUUGGACUUCCCGAUUGAAUUGAAGAUCGAUUCGAAAUUGAUGUCCUCGAAGGGUAAGAGCUACUCAGCCAAGCAGAAGCAGUACAAGCUGUUUGCCGUGGUGUACCACGAUGGUAAGGAAGCGUCGAAAGGACACUACAUUACCGAUGUGUACCAUACCGGCUAUGCCAGCUGGAUUCGGUAUGACGACAGUAUCGUUAAACCGGUACCGGAGUACAACGUGUUGCGUCCGCGCGCACCGCGCGUACCCUAUCUGCUGUACUACCGUCGAAUGGACACGCAGAGCCAUGGUCCGAACAGUGACCGCGGUGGUGAUGGCAGUACCGGAGGCGGUGCUGGUAGUGGUGGUGGUGGUAGCGGCAGUGGUCGUGGAGGUUCAUCUCACUCCACCGGUGGCGGUGGAAAUGAUCGGCACAGUGCGCAUCAUCACAGUAACGAUCAUCAUGGUCGUGGAUCGAGUGGUGGCGGAUACGGUGGUAGCAGUGGCUACGGAAAUACGCACGGCAACAGUGGCGGCAAUCAUUACGGAAGUGGGGGUCAUGGGCAGAGUAACCAUAAUAGUGGCCAUUAUGGUGGCAACUCCAAGUAAAGAAGAAUAAAACUGUUUCGUGCAAAAUAGAGAGAGAGACAAAAAAAAAACAGAAACCGCAAAAACUAAUACUUCCGGAACCAAAGGGUAACAGUAACGAAGUGAAUAAGUGGUAAAAAAAACGAAACAAAACACACAUUUUCUUCGUAGCUGUGCUGUGCUGAAAAAACGACAGUAAAAAACAAAUAAUCAAAAACUCUUCCAAACGAAAGAGCCGGCCUGCCCCAGUAGUGGAGGUGGAGAUACAGUGCAGUCAAACGAUCGAAUCGUGUUGAUUCAAACGAGCUUGGGAACACUGAUGAAAUGAAUGACUGCUGUGAGUGACAUUAGUAGCGAAUCGCGCGUGUGCGUUAGUAGAAACGUUAGAACGUUUCACCUGAACAACAUCGGCGAUCUUCAAGCAGCCUGUCGCACACAGGUCUUACCUGCUGCUGUUCUGUGUACGGUGUGUGCUGCUUGUCGUGCGUCUAGUGCAGUGAAUAGCAGCAGUGUGUAGCAAUACAAUUAACGGGGCAAUUGUAUGCUAGCUGCAGACAGCGGUCUGCACCCCUCGGAUGCUUCCCGCUAUGGCGUCGUUUCACCAGUGGAAGUAAAGCGGUCCAUCAUGGCCAGGGAGCAGGAUGCUUAGAGCGAUCGAAUAAUACUGCCACGCUCUCUACCUAACGGAUGCGUAGUAUGCAUUGCCCCGCAAAAGGGUGAGGGUGAGUGUCCAAGCAACCUACCUCCUGUAGGUGUGUACAAAUUAGAAUACAACCGCGACUAAGACGCGACAUAAAAACUGAACAUAAAACAACAAACAUCAACAAUACUAGCGUUAAACAUAACAACCCAGGGUUUUAGCAUGAUUAGGAAUUGUUUUUGUUUCCACACACGUUUGUUUGCUUGCAUAAGCUUCGUUUAUCGUUACGCAUAUAUUCCCAGGGUAAAAUGUAACUUAGAGCAUUAGAUAUGGAUUAGUGUCCCUACAUGAAAUCUCGUUUAGAAAUGGAGAGUUCGAGAGACAGGGUACGGAAAUCAUUGAGAGGAAAUUAUGAAGAAAAAAAAAGAAUUAACAGAGAACCCCAUUAAACGUGAGAUAGUUAGUUUCUCAAGUGAAUGUCAUUCACACAUAGGCACACAAAUACUAGUACGCUAGAAAACAAAAAAAAAAGGUGAAUCACUAAUGAAGAGAAAGCAAAAUCACAGGAUUGCGAUGAACUAUUCCUUCAAGCUAGCUGGGACCAGCAAUGUUCCGGUAGUUGAAAAAGAAAAGGCAAACGAGUCGUGCCGAGUCACCGACACUGUAGAUAGCUUUAGAUAUAGUUGCUGCAAGCCGCAUUAUCAUAGCGACAUUCGGCCCGAUACCAACAGCUGUACGAUCGGGAGGAAGUAGCAUUUGAUUUGCCUUUACUUUGCUGCGGUUGCUGCCCAUCUCAUGCUACUUCCUCCCGAACAAAAAAAAAAAACUAUUGGAAAGCGAGAAGAACAAAACACAUAACAAAUAAACCUAUACAUGUAUCUACGAGCAAAAACGAGAUACAGCGGUCACUACUGUCGUCUGGACAUCGUCGCAGCGUUAUGUGCUGGGCCGAUUUGCUAGCUCGUUGAAAAUAUGGUAAAGGAAUAAAAAAAAAGAAGCAACGACAAAAUGCACGCCUAGAACUAUGGUAUCAGCUGUUUCUAUUUGGAAAGAGUUUAAACUUUUCAACUAUACGUUCGUUACUUUGUUUUUGUAAAUAAUACACUUUUGCAAGUUUUCUUUUCACAGAAGUUAUCGUCAUUUGGACAUAUAGACAUAUAGAGCAGUAGUCUUAAGUAUCGAGGAAGAACAUCUACUAAGUGUAUGAAAUUAAAGGAUGCAUAAUGUCUCUUCACGAUUACAUCUUCUCAUGUCCCAGUGUGUAGGUAAACAAAUCCACUGCAUAGCUUGAUGAUGGCGGCAUGCAUUGCCGGCCGUGUAGAGGAAUUAGUUGGCAGGAAGCUGUAAAAAGCAAGCGAAGAAUAACACCUUAGGCUGAGAUUUAAUAAUUAAAUCUUUAAUGUUAUAUCGCUGAUGGACGGUUUUCUUGUAUUAUGUUUAGCUGCUAUGUAAAUAUGUACGCAAUCGUUCAAUGAUAGUCAACAGGAAAAUAGUCCCUAACAGAAGCUGUAUGACAAUUCGCUUGGAGUGUGUAUGUGUGUGUGUUACACAUUAACCCUUAAACCCUGCCGAUGUCCUCAAACCAUUUAGGUAGCGGUAGCACAUUGUGUAUAUCGUUUGUAUUUGCUUUAUUGCCGGAUUAGGUUAAGCCGAAGGUAGCGCGUUUUGUAAGUUGAGUUUAAUGAUUUACCUACCAUUACUCUAGCACGCUUCGCGUUAAUCUAACCUUCUUUUUGCGUCGAGGUUUGCGACAGUGCCAAUCGCAAUGUAACACGAAUAUUGAGUAGUGAAGGGUAAACUCCACAUCUGGUGUGAAAUGAAAUUCAUUCGGCACGUGCGCGGAAGGUUGAUGUUGCAAAAGUGGGAAGGAAAAUUCAUUACUAUAAUAGAAUGCGCCACCGGUAGAAAGCAACAGGAAACAACAGCAAACUCUCCAUUAACGCAACACGAUCACUGUACGCCGUGCAUCAUCGCCGUGCACCCAAACGCAAACAAUAAACUAAUAAAAAAAAAACAGAAGUGUAGGGUAGGGAGAGAAAUUAAGCGAACGCUUAUAGAAUGAGGGCUGUGUAUAAAGUUAAUCAUUACGGUAACAUAUUAGAUAUUUUGAAAAGCACAGGCAUGUGAAAUCGGCGGAGAUUCGACGACUUUUGAACAUCAGAGUUACUAGGUGAUGUGUGGUGUAGGCAUUGUAUUCUGUUUGAUGCUUGGGAUAACGGUAACGCUUUGAUUGGUUAACAAUUAACCAUCCAAUGUUCUUAGGCUAGUCACACGGUUCUUGAUUUGUGCACAUCGUCAUUCAUUCGGCUUUUGAUUCCGUUUCAGUUGUUACCCGUGUGCGAUACGUCUUUUUCGUUUGUUUUUUUUUUCUUAAGUUGUUGUCCAUGGGUUUGCAAAACGAGUCGCAUUCAGCACACAGAUGCUGCUUUUGUUAUCAAUCAUAAGUGGUCUAGAUAAGCGUUUUUUUUUUUUGAAUAUAUUUAUCUACUCCGAAGCGUAACAAAAUAUCUAGGCUUCCAACGCCUCUCGCCCAAUGCAAUCCCCAAGAAGAACGAGCACUCCUCGAAAAGAAUACACGAGACACGCUGGAAUAUAAACCGAUCAGUAAAACCAUGAUCGAUGUAGGCUUGAUCGUAUAGACAUCAGCUAAAUUGAAGAAGAAGAAAAAUGUGUCGAUAGGCGAUAUCAUCUUACACGCUGCAAAGCUUAAAAUAAGGCGCCUGCAAAUAAAACAGUUUCUUUUUAAAGAUUAGCACGUUACAAUAGCAACACCGAGCGGCGCUAUAUUAGUAAAAAAUCCACCCCCAAAGAAGUGGUGGUUUGUGCGGAUGAGGGAACCUACCAUAAACACUGUGUAUGUUCGAUGUGUACACAACAACCCCAUUCAGAGACGAACUCACAAUGAAACACUCACACGCACGUAGUGGGUGUGUUAGGAUUUUGAAAUAUUUGUUAAUGACUGUUUUAAGAGAAUCGAAAUUCCAAAAAAAACCUUACACUAAACCAGACCAAUGCAACUGUAUUGGUGUGUAUCACUAUAGACAGUGAUGGAAAUAGGAGUCUGAUCGAAAUCGCUAAAUAAGAUCGAAAUGCUCUGCAAAAGGAGGUUAGGUAUGCGUUCAGUACACGUUCGUCCAGCAGGAAAGAUGCGAAUGAUGAAUGUGAUGGAGCAAGAAAAGGGGUAUAAUAUUAAUAAAUCCAGUAUACUAGCCAAAUACGAAAGAAGAAGGAACGAUCAGGAAAAUAGACGGGACAGAACCCUUGUAGUACAUGUGCCAGGCUGCUGCUACCUCUUUCCGUUCGGUUGAGAUGAUCAACUGAUCAACAAGCAGUGUGUGUGUGUGUGUAUAAGUGUACACGAUUUAAAAACCACACUUACACAACACAGUAUGAUAUUAAUAAGCGCCCUUCCCACGGUGUAGAACAUUAACAAAAAAAAACAUAGGAGAACCUUCAUCAGUCAUCAGCAAAUGUUGUUCGGCUUCCGUAGGCAUUUGGCGUAAAGUAGAACUCAAGCACGUUUCACAUCACACUAGCGAUCGGCAAUAGUGUGAUGUAGUUGCGUGGGUAUGUCGUCCAGCAAGAAACAGGGAAUCGCCAUUUAAAACCACGCCUACGUCUACAGCAAAGAACCGUGAGUCCUCCUUGUGUGAGGAUCCAUAAUCUAUAUAUCGCUGCUCCGUGGACUCUUCUAACACUCACUAACCCACCAGUAGUGCACACAAUGUGUCGAGAGAGCUGUGUAGUGUAGAGCUGAUCUCUUGCAAUUCAGCAGGUGUUUGAAGGUGUGGGGGCAGCACAUGAACCAAACGAUAGAGUAUGGCACAUGAUCAGUGCUAACACCACCAGCCACAAGGUGUGGAGUGGUUGGUGUGUGGUGUGCAUGUUUUGCGUAUAUGAGUGUGCGCGCGCGAUAAAAUGUAAAACAAAAAUAUAUAUAUAUUUUAGAUAAGUGCACUUAUUAAUCGUAAAACAAGAGCGAGGUGUGGUAGAAAAGGUGUCCAUCGCUACCACUUCUCCCCGACGUCGCUGUAUCCUUACGAACCACGUGUGUGAAACGGACUGAGUUGUUUUUUCGUUUUUCUUUCGUUUGUGGCGAUAGAAGAUAAAAGAGAGAACAUACACGAAACAUACGAAACGGGAAAGCGGACAUCAUUAGGUGGUACAGUCAAUAUCCAAAACCAAGAACCUUUUUUUGUGUAGCAUAGCUUACCAAUAGGUGUGCUUUCGCGCGUGUGUGUGAUUCUGUAAGAAAAAUGUAAGGGUUUGUGUGGCGGGGUGCUGGACAGGCAAUGUUGUAUGGUUGGUGUGAUCGUGGAUCGUCACGCAUGGGAUGGGUGAUCGAUCGCAUAUGUGUGUGUGCGUUGUCUUGUUGUUAGGGAUGUGUUAGGGUUUGUUUUGUUAGUUAGAAUUAGAAUCAGUUUCAGUUUAACGUGGUGUGCGGUGACUCAUCUUCCCACAUACUUCUCACUCGCGCCACUUUGUACUAUCGUACUCUAAGUCUAUUUAAUUGUUUUAUUCGUUUUUUUUUUUAAAUUACUUUUCUUUUUCAUCUAUAUUGAUUUACCUGUCUUUCGUCGCGUGAUUCACCUUGCUUGUAUAAUCAAACGAUCGUGCUGGUAAUGUUGAUACUUGGUUCCUUUUUUCUACUCUCUAAUCUGCCCGUGUGUAUGUGUGUGUGUGUGUUAGUGGGGAUUGUUUGUUUAUUAACUUAGAAUAGUGAGACGGCAAAGCGACGCGCUUGGAAAGAGGCGGGGUAAAUUCUUUUUCAACCGUAACUCAGGCAAAACAACUCUGGUUGGCAAGGCCGUUCUCUCAAGCUCUCAAGCUGCUCAAUACACGAACGACAUCAGUCAGAGUUGGCAAAGGCGACUCCUCCCGAUUGCUGCUUAUUUUAUUAGAAAAGUAUUUAAGAAUUGUUCUAAUUCUGCAGCCGUGUCGCAUAACAGGUGUGAAAAGCUUGAUUGUAGAUGAUCAAGAUAGAUCUAGCCGAGAUAUCGUACUGUCGUACCGGCCACACUCCACGCGUAGCAUUAUCAUCCCCCAAGCGCGAACCUUAACUUAUCCGCGCUGUUCUGUUCCGUUCUGGUUGGAUGCAAACGGAUUCGGUUGGUGGUGGAUACUGAUUUGUUGAUUUGUGUUUUCGCUAAGCGCAGAUACGAUGUUUUGCUAUUAUAAUUAACACUCUAUUCUUUAACCAUUAUUUAUGCUUUGUUUUUAUAUUGUCUUCGUUUUGUUAAUGCCUUUUUUGUGCUACGUUUUGUUGGUUGAUGUAGCCAAAUAGCGCGGAGGGGCGGGCGGUGAGAAAGUCCGACUGUUGCUUUUAUAAAAGUCUGGCCCACCCCACCAUACACCAACCUGCAGGAAAGCUAUAAUCUAUCGCUCAUCCAUCAUUUGCAGAAAACUAGAGUGUCACUGCUUUAAAUCUGUCCGGUGACUGAGGAAAUGAUGGUGUAAGUUUGUAAGACACAAAAGCAAAACAAGUGAGAGUGAAACUCCUGCCUCCGAACACUUUUGUCGGAACACCUUAUUAUUGGCGGAUAAUGAACAAAAAAAAAAAGAA